AUGGGAGCGACAAAGGCGCUGGGCUGCCUCGUCUUCGUCCUGUUCAGUGGCUACGUGUUGCUGCAGGCCGAGCGAGGGAGGCGCUUUCUCGUCGGCGGGGAAUUCGACGCGCCCGUCGGAGAAACCGCGGCGCAAAAUCCCGCCCUUUCGGAGGACGUGCAGCCGUCGACAUCAGGCGAUCCCUCGCACGAUGAUCCGUUCUGGAAGAAAGUGGGAAUCAACGUAUUUCUCGUUAUCGGAACGUUUCUCUGCUACGACCUGGUGGUGACGAAUAUACUGGUGUUCUCGCUAGCCACGGACGGGUUUUUCCUCCGUGCACCUCUGCGUGUACUGCUGUGCGGAAUGGUGGGCGUUUUAGCCGCCGCUUCUUGGUACGAGCUGCCGUCUCUCAUGCAAGACAUACAGGGGAAAUGGUGGACCUCGUAG